GAAGUUUUCCUUUUUAGGCUCUUUCUCUUCCACGCGGAAAUUAAUAAUAAAAAAGAUCCAAACUUUGAAGAUAGCGAAGAGCAAAAAGAUAAUCUCUGGCUCGAUUUUUGUUGGAGUCCUUGAUUCGAGCAAGUUUAAAGACUCGAGGGUUUUCUUCUGGAUAACGUAAUUAGAUACUCGUGUUUUCUGAAAGGGUCAUCACUGCUAUUGUCAUAGCUUGAGAAAGGAUCUAUUUUUAAUAUCAGUGAUAUUGGUAUCUAUGAGAUUUGGAGUAGUUGUUUGGAGGAACGUGUCCUCUUGCUUGAUGUGAAGAUUGCUUCUUGUUGUUUGCUGUUUCUUAAUGGAGUGGAGGGGAAUCCUCUGCUCGUUGCUUUUUAUUGUUUCCGUGGGAGAGUCGUCAAGUAGAUUUGGGAUAAUGUGGCAUCCUAAUCUUGGUGUUGAUUCUGGACAAUACUUGACUUGGCCAAUCUUAAGUGCUAGUGUAUUCGUGGUUAUUGCCAUCCUCCUCCCCAUGUAUCUUAUCUUUGAGCACUUAGCUUCUUAUAAUCAACCAGAGGAACAGAAGUUUCUUAUUGGACUUAUUCUGAUGGUUCCUGUUUAUGCCGUGGAAUCGUUUUUGUCUUUGGUGAAUUCAGAAGCAGCUUUCAACUGCGAGGUGAUUAGAGAUUGUUAUGAAGCUUUUGCACUCUAUUGUUUCGAGAGAUAUUUGAUAGCUUGCCUAGAUGGAGAAGAACGUACAAUUGAAUUCAUGGAACAACAGACAGUUAUCACCCAGAGUACUCCUCUUCUAGAAGGCACAUGUUCUUAUGGGGUUGUAGAGCAUCCCUUUCCAAUGAACUGCUUCGUAAAAGAUUGGAGUCUUGGUCCUCAGUUUUAUCAUGCUGUGAAAAUUGGCAUCGUUCAAUAUAUGAUACUGAAAAUGAUUUGUGCUCUGUUAGCAAUGAUCCUCGAAGCCUUUGGGGUUUAUGGAGAAGGGAAGUUCGCAUGGAAUUAUGGAUAUCCAUAUCUGGCUGUAGUGCUCAAUUUCAGUCAAACAUGGGCAUUGUAUUGCCUUGUACAGUUCUAUAAUGUCAUCAAAGAUAAGCUAGCACCCAUAAAACCACUGGCCAAGUUUCUAACAUUUAAGUCUAUUGUAUUCCUCACCUGGUGGCAAGGUAUUAUUGUUGCGUUCCUCUUCUCUAUGGGACUCGUCAAAGGGUCUUUGGCUAAGGAACUGAAAACGCGAAUACAAGACUACAUCAUCUGUAUCGAAGUAGUUUUCAUAAAACUAAUUGUUCCUUUUAAGUAUCCAUAUUCAGAUUGGUGUGAAAGUAUAAACUUAAAAUGUUAUGUUUUUACAGAUGGGUAUUGCUGCUGUUGUCCAUCUCUAUGUGUUUCCAGCAGCGCCUUACAAGCGUGGAGAAAGAUGUGUUCGUAAUGUAGCAGUCAUGUCAGAUUAUGCCUCUAUAGAUGUACCACCUGAUCCAGAAGAGGUUAAAGAUAGUGAACGAACAACUAGAACGCGGUAUGGUAGACAUGACGAUAGAGAGAAACGCUUGAAUUUCCCACAAAGUGUCCGUGAUGUUGUGCUUGGGAGUGGUGAAAUCAUUGUGGAUGACAUGAGAUUCACAGUUUCACAUGUGGUGGAACCGGUUGAAAGAGGAAUAGCGAAAAUAAACAGAACAUUCCAUCAGAUAUCUGAAAAUGUGAAAAGAUUUGAGCAGCAGAAGAAAACAACAAAGGAUGAUUCAUAUGUGAUACCACUGAAUCAAUGGGCGAAAGAAUUCUCAGAUGUUCAUGAAAACCUCUAUGAUGGAGGGAGUGUGAGCGACAGCGGUUUGGGAAGCACAAAUCGGCAUCACCAGUCUAGAGUCUCGGGAUUGUGGACUAGAAUGCGAAGGUAAGAAAAACAAAAGGUGGUGCAAGUGCAAACGAAGCUGAAACAAUUCUGAAGAUGCCUUUUUUGUGGAAGUCUCAUCUUCGUCACAUCUAACAAAGAAGUUGUAGAUUUAUGGGAUGAUGCUUACUCUGCUGGAUUUAAACACAGGUAACAACAGAUGAUGCUACUAACUAGUUUUCCUCUACCUUUACACAAACUUUAUUGAGAAGUUAGAUUUGUAUCUCGUAAUGACAGUUUCUUACACAAAAAUAAAAUAAAAUACAAAUUUGUCAUGACUAAUAUCUUAUGAAACAUCUUCUCAUAUAUUGUGUUUGUUCUCA